GAUAUUUUUCAAGCUUUAAAUGUUUGCUUUAAAUGUUUAUUUAUUAUUAACAAGAACGUUAUAUCUACCGAUCUUCAGUGCGAGCUUCAGUUGCCAAUCGUUUAGUUGCCUUAUCCGUCAGAGAGUGCCUAGAAGUGCUAAUUGAAUUCAAUUUAUUUUAUUUAAUUCUUAUCGGAAGACGAUGUUUCAUAUUCUGAAGUGAUGGCUGAAGCAGUGGUAGAUGAAACAGAACCAGUGCGAGCGUGGUUCCGAAGUGCCGUGCAACAUGUUAUAAAUAGAAAGAGAGAACAAGACUAUCCCAACACGUAUGGUGAAUGGCGUGCGUAUCUAUAUAACAAAGAAAUAGAAAUAUCAUCUGCGAGAAUUAACCAUUUUCGCCGCACAACAAAAAUGAGAAACGCCAUAACAGAAUAUAUGACUAAUCCGGAAAAUAUCUCGAGUAUUCAAUCAAGAUUUUCAAUCAAGAUUACCUCUACUCUACUGCAACAAGAAACAGAACGUUAUCGUCGUCAAACUGAACGUAUGAAUUAUCCAUAUGAACGCUUUAUUCUCGGAGACAUAUUUUCGUAUGAAGAAGGAUUAGCGUUGAUAGAUAUCCUGACAUCAGUUCCCGCACAAAAUUGCAGAUGCCUAGAUUGCUCGCUGAGGCGGCUACCGAUUUUGGCUUAUGAAAUGGCCCGAAUCAUCAGUGGAAUAAAAGGAGUACAAUAUCCGCCUACUUGGGAUUUAAGUCGCCAAGCGGGACCAGAAUGGUCCCAAAAAUUUCAACGAGUGUACGGUCAUGAACUAAACUAUUUACGAUUUCCGUGCUUGAAACCUAUCGAUCUGUUUGAAAUGCACGAUGUUCCAAGUACUUCCAGGGAUCCGUAG